CCCUAACCCCCAAAACAAACCAUCAUCCCCUCUUUUUCAAAAAAAACGGUAAAACCCUAGAAAAAUGACCUCCCCCUCUGACAUGAAUUCCAAUUUAAAUCGGUUUAGAUCCAUAGCCCUCGGCUCUUCAUCCAAACAAUCCGAUCCUCAGCAGCAGCAGCAGCAGCAACCCCAAGAAACCCUAAAAUUGAAACUCCGGAGAACACCCAAGGAAGAGCACGAGCCAGAGCACUAUGAGGAUCUACAGCUCGACUUUAACCCUUCUCUCUUCAGGUCUCUCGAGCGGUUCUUGCCCGAGAAUCUCCUCAGUUCCACACGCACCGAGAAGGUCCGUGCCAUGAGUGACCUUCUCCUCCGUUACUCACCUGAAACUGAACGAAUUCGGGUUCAGAAGCAUAGAGAGUACAGACAGAACAUAUUGUCUUCUUACCAGCGUCUACAUGGAGAGCUCUAUACUCUGGACCCAGCUAGCUUCUUUGUGCCUUCGUUUCUUGACGCUGUUAGUAAGAGAUCGGAGGAGAGUUUCAAAAGCAUAAUUGUUCGUGUAGCUCCUGGGAUCUACACUUUUGAUAUGUUUAAGCCACAGUUUUGCCAAAUGUUUAUAGCAGAGGUUGAAAAUAUGGAGAAAUGGUUCCAUUAUUCAAAAUCCUCAAUGAUGAGACCAACUACAAUAAACAGAUUUGGUGUUGUUCUAGAUGACUUUGGGCUUGGCAGCAUGCUCCAGAAGUUGCUUGAGGACUUCAUUAGCCCUAUAUCUCAAUUUUUGUUCCCGGAAGUCUGUGGAACCGGUUUAGAUUCUCACCAUGGCUAUGCUAUUGAGUAUGGAAAGUAUAGGGAUACUGAUGUUGGGUUCCAUGUGGAUGAUUCAGAGGUUACUUUGAACGUCUGUUUGGGUAAUCAGUUUACUGGUGCGGAGCUCUACUUUCGAGGUGUGAGAUGUGAUAACCAUGUGACUUCUGAAAUCAAGGAAAAUUAUGACUACUCACAGGUAUCUGGUCAAGCCGUUCUUCAUCAUGGACGUCACCGUCAUGGUGCUAGAGCUAUAACUUCUGGACGCCUAGUGAACUUGAUUAUGUGGUGUAGAAGCUCAACUUUUCGAGAGGCGAAGAGAUAUCAGAAAGAUUUCUCAAGCUGGUGCGGAGGGUGCAAAGUUGAAAAACACUAUAGGCAGCAAGCAGCAAUUAAGGCUACUGUAGAGGCGUUGAAGAGGAGAGGUGCAGAAAGAUAAAAGGAGAAUCUAUCUUCUUUGUAUUAUUUUCAGUGGCCUAUUGUAUGUAGAGGCAGUUAAAGUACCCUCUGUUUUAGUAUUUUGUUACAUUUUUCUUGGAGAGAUGCAAAAAAGUCAAUAAAGAUAAGCUAAGAGAUUCACAGGAUUGCG